GGUGUGAUUCGCUGGAAACACUGAGCUGACGUGUGAUCUUUUCUGAUUGGUUAACGCAUACCUUGUGUAACGUGAGUACAGUUACCCAAGCCUUAAGGAAUAGGCUGUAGCAAUCAUUUCCAAGACCCCCGCGACAUCAUUAACAGCCACGAGGAAACUCCAUUUGCUGUCUGGAUUCAAGAUAUCCUCAGAAGAUCUGAAAUCUGAGCAGCAGAUUCAUCUUUAUCUGAAAGGCCUUACCAAACCUGUUGAUAAAGAAUGAAGCGUCUGAACAUCGCUCUCCUUUUGCUCCUCGCCUUCGGUUCAUCGAGUGCUGGGAAAACAUUCUGGACUUACCUAGGAACGCGCUGUAUUGAAGACUGCAAGGUCUACUGGGGCGAGUACAAGUGCAAGACUAUUGCUAAAGAUGGACAGAUUGAGACAAUGUACUGUUCUCCUGAAGAAAACACAGACUACUGGGGCAGGAGGUGCAAAGGGUGCGAGAAGCAUGGAUAUGACUACUAUUGGUGCCAAAUUGAUUUAUUUCAGUGGGGAUACUGUGGGUUGGUAAGCAUUGAAAACAAUCAUUAUGGGUCUCAAACAGGCGCCCUCUGCUCCAGUGAGUGUGGAAAAAGUAGUAAAGGCUACUAUCAUUGUGUGGUUGAAGAUGGGCUUGAUUACUGUUCACCUGAUGAAAACACAGAUUACAUGAACAGACCGUGUAAAGUAGACAGCCCAUGUGGAAAGCACAAUAAUGACUACAAGUGGUGUGCAGUGGAGGGUGGCUGGGGUUACUGUGGGCUCACGGAGCCAAAGAUGUUCCACCACCGGACCCAUAAAAAUGAUGUUUGCAUUAACGAAUGUCGGUAUUCUAAGAGUAAAGAAUAUUACUGGUGCGACACUGUCAAUAGCAGGGAAUACUGCUCUCCAGAGGUGGAUGUAACUUAUAGAGGCAUUCCCUGUCACCCAGAUCACUCCUGUGGCUUACAUGGCAAAAGUUACAACUGGUGCUGGACCUCAGAGACAAAACGUGGUUACUGUGGGCCCAUUGAGCCUGCAGAGUGCUCAUACGUCACUGAUACACAUCUCAGCAGCAGAACCCCUGAAAACAACCUCAAGGAAAUUGUGGCAUGCAAAACGACAAAGAGAUUGACGACCACCAUUUCUGUUGAGCCAGCUUCUAGGUUCAUUGCUGAAGGAAGUGCGUUUAGACAAGACGUGGAAUUCUUAAUCAAACAAUGGCACAAUGGGUAUCUGCUGGAUGAGGCCCGCUCUAAUCUGAUACACUCUCCCAUUGUUCGUAUUGAUAUAAAGAGUCCCGUAAACCUCAACAACCAACGAUACUACAACCUACAGGUCCUGGUGAAUAUACCAGGGAAGACUCCCCGAAGCGUCAUCUUGUCCCAGGUCCUUGUGCCUCAGGGAGUCCCAGCCCGUUACAUUCGCAAAGCCUUUCUGGAGGGUCUCAAGUUGCGAGGUCGCAUUAUUAUUGAUGUUACAAAAAAUCAGGUUUAGAUCCGUGAGUUUGACUUUCUGCUUUAAUGUUCUCUGCUGAUGGAAUGACUUAGCUUAAGUGUCCUUAAGUAAUGUAAAAGUAUGUUUUAAGCAUACUUCAUGUAUUAACAGCUAUGUACUAAUAGUACACUUGAAAGUGUUGAGACUAAAUUGGCUCAUUUUUAGUAUAUAAAAGAAUGUUUUCAGUGUACUAUAAGUGUAACAGUAGUAGUAGUAGUAGUAGUAACUAGUCUACAAUGACAUUUUUCAUUUGUACUGCCAGUGAACUCGUGAGUAUACUAGUGGUAUACUUCUGUAAUACCUGUGAAUAAACAAGUACUUGAGCAAAUUA